AUGAAAAAUUUUAGUCUCUUUCUUAGUUUUACUUUUUUGUUUCUUUGUCCGUUCUUGUCUCAAGCCGAUGUCCCGGAACUCAGCCGGGAGCCCCCUCGUCCCAUUGUCUUUGUCCCUCAUGACGGCUCCAAAUCCGAUCCACAACAGGUGCAUGUAUCACUUGCGGGUAAGGACCACAUGAGAGUAACAUACAUAACGGAAGACAAGAAGGUGGAAUCGGUGGUGGAAUAUGGUAAGCAACCGGGAAAGUACGAUAGAAAAACCACCGGAGAAUCCACUUCUUACAAAUACUUCUUCUACCAUUCGGGCAAGAUCCACCACGUCAAGAUCGGACCUCUAGAACCCAAUACAACUUACUAUUACAUGUGCGGCUGCAACGGUCCUGAGUUUUCUUUCAAGACUCCUCCCUCAUCUUUUCCGGUAGAGUUCGCCAUAGUUGGCGACCUAGGCCAAACCGAAUGGACAGCAGCAACACUAGCUCAGAUAAAGAGCCAAGACUACGACGUUUUUCUACUUCCUGGCGAUCUCUCCUACGCUGACACUAAUCAACCACUUUGGGACUCCUUUGGUCGCCUGGUGGAGCCACUCGCGAGCAAGCGCCCUUGGAUGGUUACUCAGGGAAACCACGAGAUUGAAUUCUUCCCAAUCAUUGAACACACAACCUUCAAGUCAUACAAUUCCCGGUGGCUCAUGCCUUACACUGAGAGCCUCUCUGAGUCCAACCUUUACUACUCUUUUGAUGUCGCUGGUGUCCACACGGUUAUGCUUGGUUCUUACACCGACUUUGAUUGUGAUUCCGAUCAGUACCAGUGGCUCCAAGCCGAUUUAGCAAAGGUUGACCGGAAAACGACACCGUGGGUGAUAGUGUUGCUGCACGCGCCUUGGUACAACACGAAUGAAGCGCAUGAAGGUGAAGGAGAGAGCAUGAGGGAAGCUAUGGAGUCUUUGCUAUUUAAUGCUCGAGUGGACGUCGUUUUUGCCGGCCAUGUUCAUGCCUACGAACGUUUCAAGCGGGUAUAUAACAACAAGGCUGAUCAAUGUGGACCCAUACACAUAACCAUUGGUGACGGAGGCAACCGAGAAGGCCUUGCUACUUCGUUUAAGAAACCUCCUUCGCCAUUAUCGGUAUUCCGCGAAUCGAGUUUUGGACAUGGGAGAUUGAAGGUUAUAGACGGAAAACGAGCACAUUGGUCGUGGCAUAGAAACAAUGACUCCAACACACUUCUUGCUGAUGAAGUCUGGCUCGAGAGUCUUAGCUCAUCAUCAUCAUGUUGGUCUUCAAGUCAAUCCCAUGAUGAGCUCUAAAUCAUCAUACCAUCAGACAUUUUACUCUCUGUUUUUCAUUCGAUUGUUCGUAGAAGAAAGAAGAAAUAUUCAUUUUGUUAAAAAAUCACAUUCUUAUUAGGCAUUUUUUAUUUUGUAUUUGGAAAUUUAUGAGUAUAUGCUCAAGUAUUGCUUGCUUAUGUUUUAGGUUAUAACAUUGUUAUUUUGUAAGAUAGAUGGAUGUAUGAUAUA